CGUGCCGUCGCCAUUGCUACGUCCAUAUUCGUUGAUCCUUUUUAAUUCUAUCGGACAGUGAGUAAUUCUUUAAAUAUUACUGACUUUUUUUUUACUUUUAAGUGAUUUUAGGACACACUGGACUUUGUGUAGUGUAACUCAUGUGAUUUGUGUUGUUAUUGUCGUGAGUAAAGACUUUAAUAAGUGCAAAAUACACUAAAAUCGCGGCCAAUGUCAGCAGGCGUGUCAGAUCAGCGGAUGAAAGGGCAAGGGAAUCAAGUUACAAAUGUACCUAAAGAGCAGUUAGAGAGUGGUGGUGACGAGUUGGCGGAGUCAUGGCGUCACCAGCAGCAACCAUCGUACGCGCCACCCAUCUCGUCAGCGACGGAGCCCUACAGCGCGGCAGGUUAUUAUGGUACAACAGCACUUCCUUAUCAGGCCUUUGGAGUUGGGGAUGGAACAUGGUCCACCAAUGGAACAGAUCCAAUGACUUUCCUUGGAGGAUACAAUCCUCACGAUUCCUAUGGCAUGGAUGGUAGUGUAUUUGGACCAUCAACAACCCCCUUUUCAACAGCACCGUUUGGACAGCCAGCAUCAACCUUUAACUAUUUCCCCGGGAAUGGUGAUUACUCUACUUGGGGUCAAUUAGGUCGUCCAAAAUUGUACGAUGAUUACUAUAGGAAUGAGGGAAUCUACGUCCCAGACGGGAUUAAAGCCGUUGAAAGCGGUGUACAGUCAUUGUCGCUCUGUGAGCAUAAGAGCGAUAAAGAUCGUACGCCCGAACUCAAAGAUGUUUCAAGUGGAUCGCAACCCAAAAAGAUGACUUGGGCUUCAAUAGCCAGCCAACCAGCUAAGCCAACUCCGUUAACACAGAGCGGAGGGCUCAAGAAGAAGGGACCUGGAAUGCCACCACCGCCGAUAAUUCCAGGGAAACAUAACAUGGAUAUCAGCACAUGGGAUGCUGGGAAGAAUGCACCUGUUGCGAGUGCACCGCCGCCAUCGCUUCAGCCGCCGCCGGUUCCUGCUCCUCUACCGAUGCCGCAGCCGGCGCCAACGUCAGCUCCACUACAACGUGGACCACCACCGCAGCACCAACCGCCGCCCUCCUGGACUCAUACUCCUCGAGCUCCUCCACCGAUGCAACCGCGCCCUAUGGUACCCCCACCGAUCGUCCCCGGUCCACCACAAACCGCCCAUCCCGUUCUAGAAGAGCUACGCGUCAAGAAUGAAUAUAAUCCCAAGGAGUUCGAUCUAAGUGCUCCAAAUGCUAGGUUCUUUGUGAUUAAGUCGUAUUCGGAAGAUGACAUUCACCGUAGUAUCAAAUACGAAAUCUGGUGCAGCACAGAACAUGGGAACAAGCGUCUUGAUGCUGCGUAUAGGGACCGCGAGAGGGAGGGUGGUGCUGUGUAUCUAUUUUUUUCCGUAAACGGUAGCGGCCAUUUCUGCGGUAUGGCUCGUAUGAUUAGUGCUGUCGAUUAUAAUUCUAACUCGAGUGUGUGGUCGCAAGACAAAUGGAAGGGACAAUUCCGCGUUAGGUGGAUAUAUGUUAAGGACGUUCCUAAUGUACAACUACGUUAUAUCAAACUAGAAAACAAUGAGAAUAAGCCAGUGACGAACUCUCGCGAUACACAAGAGGUUCCCCACGCUAAGGGGCUGCAGGUGUUACGUAUCAUGCAUAGUUACUGUCAUUCCACAUCCAUCUUUGAUGAUUUUAUACACUAUGAACGUCGCCAGGAGGAAGAGGACUCCCGUAAGGUGCCUCAUCACAACCCACAGGAUAACAAUCGGGAGGAGCACGAGGGUGGUGGCAGAGGGUAUCGGAACUAUCGUGAUUUCCGUGACCACCGCGAUGGUCGUGACGGUCGAGAUGGACGAGAAGGUGGUAGGGACGGUAGAGAUGGUCGCGAUGGUCGCGACCAUAGAGAGGGCCGGGAACCGAGGGAUCAUCGUGACAGUCGCGAGCCCAGGGAGCCUCGUGACCUUCGCGAUCCUCGUGACUCCCGUGACUCACGUGAUCCUCGUGACUCCCGCGACCACAGGGACGACCGCGACGGGCGAGACAAUCGCGAACACGGAGGAUACCGCGACAGGGAUUAUAGGCCGCAUCAUAAGGAUCGCGACGGUUCCCGCGGGCGUGGAAGACCGCGCAACUGAUUCUACGUUAUGAGUGAUAAACGUUUGAGGACUGGCUUCUCUCCAUAGACAACUAGUACUCGAAAAAUUGGUAUCGCAUUACGAGAUGUUUAUAGCAAUGAGGAACUAUUAAAAUCGAUUCAACUUGCACAGUUGUAUCCAAAGUUGAACUGUUGUUACAUAAAAUAGAAUAAUAAUUGUUUUGAACAGUGCUUUGCAAAAAAAAAAAAAAACUUUCAAUAAAUUAAAAUGUGCUAAAUAAUGUUUUAUACUGGAAGAACAUUUAAUGAUGCAAUGACUAGUGAACAGGACAUUAAUUCGUAAAUUUUCAUGUGUUCAUGUCACAUGAGAUAUUGUGUGGAAUUGUGGACAUUCAAAUUUUGUGGACGAAAUCAAUGAGGUAUAUGAUUAUAUAACUAGGAAAUUCUGUGGCGAGAGGGGUUGAUCCUUUAAAGGACCGGUUAUGAUGAAACAUGAUGUGAUUAUCAUUGUAUAGUGCGAUACAUUCACAUUAGUGUGGUGUUUAUACAAGACCUAUGAACAGUGUUUAAUGAAUAACAGUAAAGAGUUUUUGGUGGUAACUUGUAUAACUUUUAUAAUGCAGGAGGGAAUGUAAUCACAUGUGAUGUACAUGAAAUUUUGUAUACUGUUUUAUAAUCAUAAAGUAAUUCUCUCGUAACAUUUAUUUACAAUACAUUUAAUACAGCCGUGUGUAUCAUGAUAUAAAUAUGAUGUAGUUUUUACAUGUGACCAUUGAUAUUGUUUAGAAACAUGUGAUGCAGUACAACUUACUUGCACUAUAUCAAAACAAAUUCUGAUUGGAGGUAGAUAUGAAACGAUUGUUCAUACUUUGUAAACGUUUGUACAUACUACAUAAUAUGUAUUUUAAAAGAAAAAAGAACUAUAGUACUAUUUUUUACUUUUUAAGUGCAACAAAAGUGUAACGAGAGAAAAUUUAUUGAAAAUGAAACUAUCAAUUUAUACUGUAUUUACAUAUUUUCUUAACCUUACCUUAGUUUUCCAAGUGCCUAUUUGUUUUGAAUUAGAAGAAAUCGACUCCUUGCAUGAUGUCUAACCCAUUUCAGUUUUGAGACAUUGCUUGGCUAUGCCAUCAUAUUUUUUUAAAUAUUUUUUGGUGUUGUUAACUUUUGUUACAACUAAGAGAUUGAAACAUUUUUAUCAAAUAAAAAAAGAUAUGUUACAUGAAAAAAUUGUUAAUUUCAUUAAGUGUGCAGUAAAUGUUAAUUGUAUAAAAUGUUGUGAAUUAAAGGGUUGAAACAUAAUUGAAUAACUGGAUUAAACUGUCAUAGACGUUGUCAA